AUGUGUGGAACCACCAGUUUUCUCCAUGUGCUCAGGCUAAUCCUCGUUAAUACUCAGAACGUUGAGUUUCUACAGAAUGGGCUGCAUGUCCACACAUGUUUUGGCAUCUACCCACACACUUUUAUGUGGUAUGACUGUGCAUCCCAGGAGGAAGGCUAUGGUGUGUGUCGCUGCGCCUCAGUGGAGCCGAACAAACUGAUUACUGAAAAUGGUUUCCAAAGAUUCCACCAGGUGAGAAGAGUGAUGACCAUCCUUUUCCUUACUAUGGUUAUUUCAUACUUCGGUUGCAUGAAGGCUGCGCCCAUGAAAGAAGCGAACGUCCACGGACAAGGCAGCUUGGCCUACCCAGGUGUGCGGACCCAUGGGACUCUGGAGAGCAUGAAUGGGCCCAGGGCAGGUUCGAGAGGUCUGACGACAACAUCACUGGCUGACACUUUCGAGCACGUGAUCGAAGAGCUGCUGGAUGAGGACCAGAAGGUUCGUCCCAACGAAGAAAACCAUAAGGACGCGGACUUGUACACUUCCCGGGUGAUGCUAAGCAGUCAAGUGCCUUUGGAGCCUCCCCUGCUCUUUCUGCUGGAGGAAUACAAAAAUUACCUGGAUGCCGCAAACAUGUCUAUGAGGGUUCGGCGCCACUCUGACCCCGCCCGCCGUGGGGAGCUGAGCGUGUGUGACAGUAUUAGCGAGUGGGUCACAGCGGCAGAUAAAAAGACUGCAGUGGACAUGUCGGGUGGAACGGUUACAGUCCUAGAGAAAGUCCCGGUAUCCAAAGGCCAACUGAAGCAGUAUUUCUACGAGACGAAGUGCAAUCCCAUGGGUUACACCAAGGAAGGCUGCAGGGGCAUAGACAAAAGGCACUGGAACUCGCAAUGCCGAACUACCCAAUCGUAUGUUCGGGCUCUAACUAUGGAUAGCAAAAAGAGAAUUGGUUGGCGAUUCAUAAGGAUAGACACUUCCUGUGUAUGUACACUGACCAUUAAAAGGGGAAGAUAGUGGAUUUAUGUUGUAUAGAUUAUAUUGAGACAAAAAUUAUCUAUUUGUAUAUAUACAUAACAGGGUAAAUUAUUCAGUUAAGAAAAAUAAUUUUAUGAACUGCAUGUAUAAAUGAAGUUUAUACAGUACAGUGGUUCUACAAUCUAUUUAUUGGACAUAUCCAUGACCAGAAAGGAAACAGUCAUUUGCGCACAACUUUAAAAGUCUGCAUUACAUUCCUCGAUAAUGUUGUGGUUUGUUGCCG